AUGGCCUCCUUGGACGAGUUGUUGGAGUCGGUGCGGGCCGCGGUGCAGGUACAUGGGGUGGACGCCCUGCAGCAGUCUCUUCAGGCUGCCCUUCACCCUCCUGCCCCUCCGGUUGCUGUAGCUCGCGCUGCCAGGGCCAGGAGAUCUGUCCCCCCUGAGCGCUUGAGCCCAGAAGCGACCCCCCGGGUCCGCCGACGCACUAGAAGCCCCGCCUGGGACCCUCCGCUGCGGUAUGAGGUGUCCGUGGCCAGCCGGACCCUCAGGCGCAGCGGGAGGAAUUCUGUAUCGCGUGGCGGGCCUGCGGGAGAGGGUCCGGCUUCCCCUGGACUCGACUCCCUUGCUGCAAGGGGGGGGGAUCGUUCGCAGGCGGCGAUGUCCCCGCGAGAGGGCCCGCGACGGGGGCGAGCCAUGAGGAACUCACCGGUGGUGGGACCGUUUUCGCAGCUUGGCGCCGGGUGCCGCAGUUCGGGGGUUGCCCUGUCCCCAGUGGCUCUGGAACGUGGUCUUGGUCGGUCGCUCAGUAGAGAUAUGGAGAGAUGCUCGGAGUGUCCUGAAGACCAGUGGUCUAAUGAGAGAAGAGACGCCUGUAUCCCACGACCACUUGACUUCCUGUCAUAUGAAGAUACCUUGGGAUUAUCUCUCAUUAUUAUCAAUCUCUUCUUCUGUUCUCUGACGGUCGUUGUGUUGGGGAUAUUUAUAAAGCACAAGAACACGUCAAUUGUGAAAGCUAAUAACAAGAACCUGAGCUACAUACUGCUCCUCUCUCUGCUCUUCUCAUUUCUAUGUCCUUUCUUAUUCAUUGGACGUCCCACAAGGAUGUCAUGUCUACUCCGACAGGUUACUUUUGGGAUUAUUUUUAGUCUUGCAGUUUCUUCCAUUUUAGCUAAAACAGUCACUGUAGUCCUGGCUUUUCGUGCCAUCCAACCAGGCAGGACACUGAGGCAGUGGCUGGGGAGACAUCUGUCCACAUUAUUACUUAUUACUGGUACAAUAGGAGAGGUUGUGAUCUGUGUCCUCUGGUUGUGUUUUUCUCCACCAUUCCCAGAUUAUAACACUGAGAUAGAGGUUGGAAAGAUAAUCUUACAAUGUAAUGAGGGAUCUGCCAAUGCUUUCUACUUGUCGAUGGGCUACAUUGGAUUCCUGUCCAUGUUGAGCUUUAUUGUAGCCUUCUUGGCCAGGAAACUUCCAGACAUCUUCAAUGAGGCUCAGUACAUCACCUUCAGCAUGCUGGUCUUCUGCAGUGUGUGGAUCUCCUUCAUCCCGGCCUACCUCAGCACCAAGGGGAAAUACAUGGUUGCUGUGGAGAUCUUCUCUAUCUCAUCUUCCAGUGCUGGACUUCUGGGCUGUAUCUUCAUUCCCAAAUGUUACAUUAUUUUAAUGAGACCAGAAAUGAACAUAAAGUCCAAUCUAAUUUUUAUACAACAAUAA